AUGCGAGACACCGCUCGCUCCGGCCGCAUCCUCUUCGCCCUCGCUUUGCUUGCACUCGCGCUGGCUUCCUCGACCUACGCGGCCUGCCCCAACCGCCUGCCGUAUGCCGUCACGCCUGAAGGGUUUUGCCCGUUCGUGUGGGCACAGGGACUGAACAGCCCCCGCGGCAUGGCGCGCGCUGCCAACAACGACCUCCUCGUGGUCGAACAGGACUCCCAGCAGGUCACCGUGCUGUGGGACGACAACGGCAAUGGCGUGUCGGACAAGAACGAGAGGGCGCUGUUGGCCAAGGCCGAUGGUCUCAACCACGCCGUCCUGAUCCACGGGCUUUACCUGUACGCCAGCAGUGCGUCGACCGUCUACAGGUGGCCCUAUCGCGCGGGCGUGCGCCAGAACCUGGGCACUCCCGAGGUCGUGGUGAACAGCAUCCCGACGUGCUGCGACCAUGUGACCCGUGCCAUCGUGUUCGACGCCAAGGGCCGCUUCUACGUGCAGCUCGGCAGCGGCUCCAACGUCGAUCCCAAUUCUGACCAUGCGAGGAUCCACCGCUUCAACAUCACCUCGAUCCCCAAGGGCGGGUUCAACUGGUCGGCGGGCGAGAUAUUCGCCGACGGCCUCCGCAACGAAGUUGGCCUUCGCUUUGAUAAGCAGGGCCGCCUGUGGGGCGUGGAGAACGGCAUCGACAACGUCUUCAGGGCCGAUCUUGGCGGCGACGUCCACGCCAACAACCCCUCCGAGGAGCUCAACCUCUUCUUCCCCGAGCUCCCUGGUCUGUUCUACGGGUAUCCCUAUUGCUGGAGCCAGUACAACCUGACCACGGGCAAGCCGCCCGGCACCCAGUGGGCCACCGACAAGUUCAUGAAGGACGGCACCCACACGGAUGCUUGGUGCCAGAACCCACACAACGUGCAGAAGCCGCGGCUCAACUUGCAGGCCCACUACGCCCCGCUCGACAUUUUCUUCUACGACAGGGCGCUCACUCCGCCACCAAUCGCCAAUCAGACCAACAGCUCGCGCCUCCCGGCUGACCUGAACGGCGACGCCUUCAUCUCCGCCCACGGCUCCUGGAACAGAAACCCGCCGGUGGGCUAUCGCGUGCUGCACGUGUUCUUCGACAAGAACGGAAUGCCCAUCAAAUACGAACCCUUCCUGGCCUACCAGGGACCCGGCGACACCGGUGACAACUGGCCGCACAGGCCCGUUGGCCUCGACAUUGGUCGCUGCGUCGCGUUCGGGGAGUGCCUCUACGUCUCCUCCGACGCUUCCGGCGUCAUCAUCGCCGUCGGCUACGAGUCUUCCUAA